GCAGGCAGCGGCAGCAGCAGGCUGCAGCCCAUCCACCAUUCAAUGAGAAAGGGAGCUCCGCUUCUUUCAGUCCGGAAGUCAUCCAUCCGGUCCUGAUGCUGCCUUUUUGUGAUAUACAUAUAUAGUGUUUUAUAUAAGAAAUUAAUAAAUACAUACAUAAAUAAAAAUAAUUUAUUUAAAAAAAUCCUCCCAGUCUAAUCCGGAAGUCUUGAUUUUUUUUUUUUUUUCUGUUCUUCAACAAACAUGGCCGCUAAAUCUGAUGGAGCAGCCGUGUCUGUGCAGAAUGUGAAUCCGUCCAGGAGCCAGCCGAUCCCGGAGCAUCACCAACCCCAAUACCGUCAUGCCGGGAAGCGCUACUCCCUCCUGGAUUGCUGCUGGGUUCUCUGUGCUAUGUUGGUUUUCUUUUCGGACGGAGCCACCGACCUGUGGCUGGCGGUGGACUACUACCUGAAGCGGGAUUACUGGUGGUUCGGGCUAACGCUGGUGUUCGUGGUAGUUCCCUCUGUGGUUGUGCAGGUGUUAAGUUUCAGGUGGUUUGUCUAUGAUUACUCGGAUAGCAAUAGCAGCAGCGGAGCGGCGGCGGCGGCUGCUGCAGCGGCGGGAGGGGAUUUCAAUUUCAGCACCAAGGGCAGCGACAAGCGGGGCGCUGGCAGCACCGCCGGGGCGCGGGCAGUGCCUACGGCAGCAAGCAGCAGCAGGAGCGGCCCCCAGACCUGCUGCAGGGUCUGCAUGUGGCUUUUUCAGUCCAUCAUACACAUCCUCCAGCUCGGACAGGUCUGGCGGUAUCUGCGCUCCCUCUACCUGGGAGUCCAGAGCCGCUGGCGCAGCGAGCACGAGCGGUGUCACUUCCACUGGCGGAUGAUGUUCGAGAGCGCGGACAUCAACAUGCUGCGUCUGCUGGAGACCUUCCUCAAGAGCGCCCCCCAGCUGGUCCUGCAGCUCAGCAUCAUGAUCCAGAGGAACCAGGUGGAGCCGCUGCAGGGUCUGUCUGCCUCUGCAUCUCUGGUCGCCCUGGCUUGGGUGAUCGCCUCCUAUCAGAAGGUUCUCCAUGACUCCCGCGAUGAUAAGAUGUCCUUGUCAUAUAAGGCAGUCAUCAUCCAGAUUCUGUGGCACCUCUUCACCAUUGGUGCUCGAACCAUCGCCUUCGCCCUCUUCGUCUCUGUGUUCCAGCUCUACUUUGGGAUCUUCAUCGUCACCCACUGGUGCAUCAUGACCUUCUGGAUCAUCCAGGGGGAGACGGACUUCUGCAUGUCCAAGUGGGAGGAGAUCAUCUAUAACAUGGUGGUGGGCAUCAUCUACAUCUUCUGCUGGUUCAAUGUCAAGGAGGGGCGGACCCGCUACCGAAUGUUCAUCUACUAUUUCAUUACCCUUACCGAAAAUGCUGCCUUGACGGUGCUUUGGUAUUUGUACCGGGACCCGCAGACCACAGACUUCUACGCCUUAAUCAUAGUUUGUGUGGUGGUCUGCAGCUUCGCUCUUGGAAUGUUCUUCAUGUUCAUUUACUAUUGCCUGCUGCACCCAAAUGGACCCAUAUUUGGGUCCCAGUGGGGCUGUGUGGAGGACGAGGGGCCAGAACCUGCUGCCAUUCCCCCAGAUGUUGUAACAAGUCCCCCUAGAUCUCUACAGAGGACUAUGGGUGCGGAAAGGGAACAGGUACCAGGGGACCGGGACAGCUGCAUGCCUGUUUUUCAGGUGAGGCCAAGCAUCCCACAAACCCCAGUUGCUCGCACUCCACGGACAGAAGGGCCUGUCAUUAGGAUAGACUUGCCCAGGAAGAAGUAUCCAGCUUGGGAUGCCCAUUUCAUUGACCGGAGGCUACGUAAGACUAUCUUAGUACUGGAGCACACCUCUCCUGUCACCCCCCGGAUACAGUACCGAAGCCUCAGUGCUCCCAAGGAAGUGAUGGAGUAUGAAACCACAGUGUAGACAAGCUCAGACAAAGUCCAAGGUUGAUGUGAGGUAACCUGUCUCUUUGAAAGGCUUUGUGCAGUCAACAUUGAGAUAGGGUAGGGGGUGGUCACGGAACCCCUGACCUUGCAGCUUAACUUCAGAACCCGGGCUUGCUGAGCACAGCUGCAUUUGGAAACCAGAUCUUGUGCAAAAGGGGGCAGCUCAAACUCUACUGUUGCGACUGCAUCAGUCAGAUUUUCAUUGGCUCUUUGUGACCACGGCUGUCCGAAGAAAUACAUAAAUGAAUAAAUAACUCAUUUUAAAUUGCGUUCGACUGUAUUUGAUUCGGGGCACGCACAGUUCGAUCAGUUGUCAUGGUAGCACUGAAAUAUAUUACCUGUGAACAUGUUAACGAAAAAGCAAAAGGUUGUACGUUGGUUUGCAUCAAUAUGGUAAAGGAUCUCUCAUAGGCUAGCAAAUGUUUUUAGCAACCUCGUCUCAAGUGGCCAUGUCCUGUUUUUAUUUUUUUUAUUUUUUUUAACUUUUUCAAUGUCUGUCUUACUUUUGGUUUGUCUUAGAUGAACAAUGUGUCAUGCCAAGGCCUGAGUUUACAGUUAUGGCCAAGUUGUAGUUCAGUAAAUUAAGGAUUAAACAUUAUACAAAUAAUAUUAUAUAUAUAUAUAUAGAUAUGCACAAAAAAACUGUUGACUAAAUGUAUUUAGGAAAUUAGCAAAAUGGGUGAAGUUGACAGCCUUAAAAACGGUACAUAGCUUGUGGAUAUAUUUUAAAGUGAAUGGGUAGACUGUCAGAAGCUGUUUGAAACCACUUCUACAUUGAGAUUGUUAAAGUGAAAUGAUGCUAAAUCUGCAAUUUAUUGCAAUUUCUCAUGACUGAAAAUGAAAUACGUCGAGGCAGACUUCACUUGAGUAUCUUUGUAGUCGUGUGCGUUACAUAUAUAGAUGUUUGAAAUAGGUGGUGUGACUGAGACGUUUAGCAUUAUGCCAUUUCUCACUGUGUUAACCGACUUAAAACAAAUCCAAGAAAUGAUCUUUCACAAACACACUUUACUACAUAUUCUGCCAACCCACCAUUUCCAUCUUCACUAUUUCUACCAUGUGAAAAACCAGCUUACAAGUUUUUGCUAGGUUUUGCUUUGUCUUUCCACAUGUAAAGAAGGGUGUGAUGUGUAAAGACAAUGUAACAGGGAAGUUUGCAAGGGAUUUUUGUGAAGCAGCAGUAUGUCGAAGAACACAGAGCAGAACACAAAUAGAGGACAGUAGCUUUGGGGCAACCACAGAGGACUCAGUAUCAAUGAGUUAAACAUUGGUGCUACAGCUGAGCAUAUUACAGUUAUCACUUAGAAACCACACAGAUACAGUGAAGCCUUAUUAUCACCAGACUGUUGCUUUUCACUGCAAAAAAUAUAAUAACAAUAAACUAAAAAAGAGUGUGAGACUGCAUCCCUCGGUGUGGAUUCAGUAAUGUAAUCGUGUAUUAUUUACUGUGUGUUACUGGUGGAUGCUGGCAAUUGGAAAUGCCAUGGUCAUGGGGUUUAUACUGAAUUGGUAUUCAUAAGCCUCAAAGAGAAGGACACAUGGUCUGCUGACAUGCCAGGAUACUAUCUAUACAUUUUUUGGUGCUGAACUUUCCUGGAAGCCGUCAGCCUGCUGAUAGAUCAGAGGGGGUGAAUUUCAAAAGUUGAUCGAUCAACAUUCACCUAUUCAUUAAUCUUUUAGGAAAUAAGUACAUGAAUGUUUUACAAACUGAGAGCACAAAUAAAAAAUGCAGCAGUUUUCUUCAGAUGGUUAAACUUCACAGGAAGUGAUGCUCUUCAUCCCUUCAAGAUGAAUUCAUUGGUAAACCCAGCUUUUGAAAAUCAGACCCCAAGGGUAAGGCAGAUGGGCAUGGGCCAGUCUUUGCCGCUCUGAUUUGCCAAUGUGCCUCAAACCUGACCACACAGACUAUUCUUUGUGGAAGCAAGAGAUUUGAUUCUUCUCUGUGCUUAUUCAAUCUGGGGCUGAUUCAGAGGAAGGCUUCCAGCUGUGCCAAAACACGCUGAGCAGUCCAGUGUUUUUUUUUUUUUUUUUUUUUUAAAUAAACUAUUAAAGACCAGGAAACACUAAACUCAUUUCUCCUUAAUGCAAAACCAGAUUUAAAUUUAAAUUUCAUGACAAAAGGAUUAAGGGAUCAAUUGACAAAUAAAUACCCAUUAACGAUACUGUAUUUCCGUAAAACAAUAUAAAGCUGUAAUGUAAGGGAUCUUAAUCUUCAGACUGCAUUUGUUACAAGCACACCGGUUGUCUUUACAGUAUGUGCUUUGAAUAUAACCCUUUUCUUUCUGUUUUGACACGACAUGAAUAUUCAUCAAACUGCCAUCUAGACUAUAAAGAAGAGCUCUGCGUUACUGUAACUCACUUCUAGAGAUAUAACCAGGAGUGCUGAGAAUGCAAAUGCCUGCUGAGCCAACUCAUACGAAUAGCUCAGAAAGCCUACACAUUGUCAUUGAUUUAUAAUUACCUGCUCCCAAGAAACAGUUUGACACAGGUUAAAAUACACAGUAAGGAUGUGAAAGGGGUCAGCUUCCUAAAUACACUCAGAUUCGGUAAAUCCAGAAGGCAGACUCACAGUUGACAAUAGUGUUUGGGGAAAAUGAAAUUGGAAAGGUGGCCAUAAAUGUGUUUAAAAAAAAGGGCUCUGCGCUCUAUCAAAGCAUGUAUACUGGAAUCACUAAACUCAGGUGUGUUGAUUAACACUUCAUCAUGUUUGUAGCUCUGCAGUAUAAACCCCUGCAGAAGAUCUCGAUUAUUUUGAUUGUCUCCAUUGUGUUUUCCUUUCUUUUCUGUGGCUCGGUUGCUGCUGUAAAACUGGUUUGAAUAGGUUUCAUUUUUUUUACUCUGUGGCAGAUAUGCAACCCAGAUUUCCAAAUUUUAUUCUCAGAAGUUGAUAGCGGUAAAAAGUGGUAAGGACAAAACAAACCACUGAAGCGAGCCCGUGAACGUGUAGUAAACUUUGUGGUGACCACAUAAUUAUUUGAUUUGUGUCAUUUAAUCAAAUUUAUAAAUGUAAAAUAAAAUAAAUGGUUGUUCCGGGAAACAGUCUCAAAAAAAAAAAAAAAAAAGCAUGAUUCAUAACUUGUUUCCCUGUAUCACCUCACAAUAUGUGUUUUUUUCUAUUAAAAAAAUGUAUCCCUUAAAAAACAAAUAUGCAAUAUGUUAUUUUUGUUUCUUUGAGUGUUCUUUGCAGCGUCUAUGCUGGCGUGACAGAUGGAAUGAGUUGGUGGUUAGUAGUUCUGUCUGUAUGAAACAGGAG